AUGGCAAACUCUAAUGGAGCGCACAUUCUCGGCAGGGUAACUGCAUGGCUGGGUCUCUUAUGCGGAAUAUUUACCAUAGUCGUCUGGGGUUUCCUGCUUUCUGACCUGAAUCCCAAGAUAAAAGUGGAUAAAGAUGAUGCGGUUAAGGAUAUUAACAAGUACUAUUGGCGGGAGACAAUGUUUACCUUCGCUCCAAGUGUGUUUUUUGACAUUUGGACCCCAUUUGUAAUGGGCCUGAUAUCCAUUCUCUGCCACUUCAGCAACUUCGAUCUUUCCUGGAUGUGCAAGACUUACGCGCACUACUUUAUAUGGAACUUCGUAUUGGCGCUUUUCGGUAACCUGGGCUACGCUGGUGGACUCGGCAUCAUCGCCAGUGCCUUCUCCCUCCUCACGGCUCUUCUCUCACUCAUCUGCGCCUUUGUAGUCCGCAAUGAGUCUCCACAACUGAACCUUCAAACACCCAAAAUGCCGCAAAUGAGAUGA